CUUAACCUGGUGUUGGUGAUUAGACAUCAUGGCUGUAAGUGAGUUUCUCAGACAGGAAGGGCUACUGUUAGCCUGCUUCCUCUUUCUCUCUGUGUAUGGACGAGCUUCAGGACCGUAUUUCAUGGUGGCGUUUCCUGCAGUGAUAGAGUCUGGAUCUGAGGCUACACUGUGUGCGAGACUUCUGAAGCCUAAUGAGACUCUGCAAAUGACGAUUUAUCUGGUUCACCGCAACCAGAACAGAACACUUCUACAGGAGAGAGUGGAGGAAGAAUUUCACCGCUGCUCUCAGUUUAAGGCUCCACAGGUUGGAGGUGAAUCAGUGCAGCAGAUCAGAGUAGAGGUCAAAGGUGAAAGUUUUCAGAUGACAGAGAAACGAAAAGUUAUGUUUAAAUCCUACAACCCACUGACAUUCAUUCAGACUGAUAAACCAAUCUACAACCCCGGCCAAACAGUGAAUUUCAGAGUUGUCACUGUGGAUACUAAUUUUGUCCCACUUAAACAAGAGUACAGCAUGCUGACGCUUGAGGAUAAUAAAGGUAACAGGAUUGGUCAGUGGACGAAUGUGUCCUCAACAGGCCUGAUAGUGCAGCUUUCACACAAGCUGAAUCCUGAGGCUCCUGAGGGCCAGUAUAAAGUGAAGGCUAACAUUGGGGAUAGGUCAAUCACACAUAAUUUUAAAGUGAAGAAGUAUGCUUUACCCAGGUUUGAGAUUACAGUGAAAACGCCUGAAAAACAGAGUGUUGGGGAGGAGGAACUGAAGAUCGAGGUUUGUGCAAAGUACACUUAUGGACAGCCAGUACCUGGUAAAGCACUGGUGCAAGUGUGCCGGGCAAGCUUUUUUCGUCGGUAUAAUACAUCGUGUCUGGUUGAAACUGUGGAGAUGAAAGAGAACGGAUGUGCCUCUCCUGUAUUUAACAUGUCGCAUUUCACUGGUUCUGAAUUUGAACAGGUGUUAAAAGAUUGUCUUGAUGCUACUGUUACAGUGACAGAGGAAGGAACAGACAUUUCUAUGGAAAAAUCUGAAUCCAUACAGAUUACUUAUGAAAUUGGUAAAACUGAGUUUCUUGAUUUACCUGAAAGCUUUGAACGGGACACAAUUAUAGAGGGAAAGAUCAAAGUCACAAAGUUCAGUGGAAAACCAAUUCCUAACAAGAACGUGUAUCUUUUUGAGGGUCGUAUUUGGUCUCCAAAGCGAAUUCAAAAUCUCACUACAGAUGUUAAUGGAUUGGCCAGCUUUUCAGUUAAUACGUCUGAUCACUCUAAAACAGAGAUUUCACUGAUGGCAAGUGUCAGUCCAAAAGUCAAAUUUGUGGAAUUCAAUGUACCUUUCAUUGAAAUAAGUUUUGCAAGUAUAGAACGACUCCAACCUGCUACACCUUACAGUCCAGUCUACAGUGAAUUAUUAAUAGAGAGCUUGAAGGAACCGAUUCCAUGUGGUUCUGAAAUUUCUAUAGACAUUAAGUACUACAUUGUUGGAGAAACCACUGAGAAUUACACCACUGAUAUUAUAUACAUGGCUUUAUCUAAAGGAGCCAUAGUCCGUCAUGGAUAUGAGAAAGUUGAAGUGAAAGAAUCCAAAAAGCUCAUAGAGGGAAAAGUCUCAUUCAGACUGUCUGCUGAUGCUGAUCUGGCUCCUGUAGUGCAGGUUCUGGUGUACUGUGUGCUGCCCAGUGAGAACGUCAUCGCUGCUAGCAAGAAUUUUAAUGUUGAAAAAUGCUUCAGAAACAAAGUCUCACUGCAGUUCUCUCCCACUGAGGCAGUUCCUGGUGAGGAAAACACUCUCCAGCUCUCAGCUCUGCCUGGUUCACUGUGUGGACUCAGUGCUGUGGAUCAGAGUGUGUUCAUCAUGGAACCAAGAAAGCGCCUGAAUGCUGACAAGGUCUUUAACUUGUUGCCAGUGACAUCAGUAUCGGGUUAUACCUAUGAAGUUUUUGAUGGGCAGAAGUGUCUGCACAUUAGACAACGUCAGAAAGCACAGCAAGACCAUGUUGACAAUAUUCUAAAGCGUGUGGGGAUCAAGGUGGCAACCAAUUUGGCUGUGAAAAAUCCUGAAUGUUUCAGCUACAGAGAUAUUCCGGAUCGACGAUAUGGUAAAAGUGGGUUCAUUUCAAAGCCUACUGGUUCAAGACAUGCAGAGUCUGGACCUGUUGAGACAGUUCGCAAAGUCUUCCCAGAAACUUGGAUAUGGCAACUUGCUGAAGUGGGAGACUCUGGAUCAGCACAGGUUCCUGUCACUGUUGCAGACACUAUCACCACUUGGGAGACGGAGGCUUUCUGUCUGUCCUCUAGAGGUCUGGGUCUAGCUCCUCCUGCUCAGCUUCGUGUCUUCCAGCCCUUCUUACUGGAGCUCUCGCUGCCUUACUCCAUCAUCCGGGGAGAGGAGUUUGAGCUGAAGGCCACUGUCUUCAACUAUCUCUCCAAGUGCAUUAUGGUUAAAGUGACUCCAGCUCCUUCCUCACACUACACUCUGAAACCCUCCUCUGAUGGAGAGUAUUCAUCCUGUCUGUGUGCAAAUGGUAGAAAGACCUUCAAAUGGACUCUUGUUCCCUCUGUGCUUGGGGUCUUGAGUGUGACAGUCAGUGCUGAGGCAGAACAGUCACAGGCUGUGUGUGACAAUGAGAUUGUGAGUGUGCCUGAGAGAGGCCGCAUUGACACAGUCACACGGAGCCUGCUUGUACAGGCUGAAGGAACAGAAAAGAUCAAGAGCCAGAGUUGGUUGCUGUGUCCACAGGGAAACAGUGUUUCAGAGGAGAUGGAGCUGAUUCUUCCUGAAGAUGUGAUCGAGGGAUCAGCACGAGCUUCUGUUUCAGUGCUUGGAGACAUACUGGGCCGUGCACUAAAGAAUAUUGAUGGAUUGCUGAGGAUGCCAUAUGGCUGUGGAGAACAAAACAUUGCUCUCCUCGCCCCCAACAUCUACAUUCUUCAGUACCUGGAGAACACUGGACAGCUCACUGCAGCCAUCCGUGAGAGAGCUACUGGUUUCCUUAAGAGCGGAUAUCAGAGGCAACUGAACUACAAGCAUGUCGAUGGUGCCUACAGCACAUUUGGCAGAGGAGAGGGAAAUACAUGGUUAACUGCUUUUGUCCUGAGAACUUUUGGCAAAGCACAGCGUUACAUCUUUAUUGAUCCACAAAACAUUGACGGUGUAAAAAAAUGGCUGAUAAGUAAUCAGAGACCAGACGGCUGUUUUAUAAGACAAGGACAACUGUUCAACAACAGACUGAAGGAUGGCAUAAAUGAUGUGACCAUCACUGCUUACAUCACUGCAUCAUUACUUGAGCUGGGAGAUGAAGUGAAGGAUCCUGUUGUGAGUAAAGGAUUAUCAUGUCUAAAGUCCUCAAUUGGCAACCUGACAAACACCUACGCCACUGCACUGCUGGCCUACACUUUCAGUCUGGCUGGAGAGCAUGAUGUUCGAGAGCAGCUGCUGAAGAAGUUGGAUAGUGUUGCUGUUUCAGGAGAUGGUCGCCUUCACUGGUCUGCAUCAGAUGACUCUGACUCCUUGGCAGUGGAGAUCAGCUCUUAUGUUCUGCUAGCUGUUCUCACUACAGCUGAAGUCACUGCUGCUGAUUUGGGCUAUGCUAACAGGAUUGUCAGCUGGCUGGUGAGGCAGCAGAAUCCUUAUGGAGGCUUCUCUUCCACCCAGGACACAGUGGUGGCCCUCCAGGCUCUGGCUCUGUACUCCACCAAAAUGUUCAGCUCUGAUGGCUCCAGCACAGUAACUGUGAAGUCAGAUAAAGAGAGUCACCACUUUGAUGUGAACCAGGACAAUAAGUUACUGUACCAGGAGAGGCCACUGCAGGAUGUUCCUGGCAAAUACAGCAUUUCAGUGAAAGGCUCCACCUGCGUGUCUCUGCAGGUGGCUCUUUUCUAUAAUAUCCCCACAAGUAGUGAACCCAGAACACUGAGCAUCGAGGCUAAAACUGAUGGAAAUUGCACAAAAUCAUUUGGAUACACUCUGUCCAUCAACUUCACAGUCACUUAUAAUGGGGAAUUAAGCAGCACCAACAUGGUCAUAGUGGAUAUAAAAAUCUUGUCAGGAUUCACAGCAGAUCCCAGUGAUCUAAGAAACAGCCCACUUGUGGAACGGGUCGAUUCCAAAGAUGACCAUGUUUUCAUGUUUAUAAGAAAGGUUCCAAGGAAUUCUCCUAUGAAUUAUCAGCUACAUCUUAAACAGGUCCUUCCAGUCAAGAACCUCAAACCAGCUGUGAUCAAAGUUUAUGAUUACUACCAAACAAGUGACCAGUCUGAGACAGAGUACUCCUCCCCCUGUGUGUGAGCUCUCAGAUCUGCAGCCUCACAGUACGAGACACAGAGAAGACUUGGUCCCUCGUUUUAUCCUGAUUUUAUCUUAACUUUAAUCAGAUGUUUGUUUUCUUUUACUCUGAAAUAAAUAUGAUUUUCAAGCAA